AUGGAUAUAUUAACUCCAGUGAAAUCUCGGACCAUCGUCCUUCGUCCAAACGCCCCCUGGUAUAACGAGGACAUUGGAAAUGAGAAGAGGAAGCGGAGCUGGUUAGAACGCAGGUGGCGCUCUAACCGUCUUGAGUCGGACAGAUUGAGCUACAUAGAGCAAUGUAGUGAGGCCUACUCUGGGACCUUAACUCGCCGCGAGAUUGUGCGAGCUAAUGCGCGUUUAGGCGAGUUAAGGCGAGAUAAGGAAAUUUGAACAUAAUCUCAAGCUGCGAGUUAAGGCGAGUUAAGGUCCUAGAGUAGGCCUGUAGUGUUGCGAAUACAAUGCUAUACAAAGCCAAGGAAUUUUAUUGUUCGUCGGUUAUCUAG